AUGCCACACCUCUUCCCAUUCGCCAGUCAUGGACAUGAAACCCCUUCGCAAGAGAUGGAGCAUGAUUCGCCGCAUAGUCAGCCCCGACGUCGUCCAUCAUUGUUGAAAAACCUUGGGAGUCUCCUCAGGAGGCACCAUGGAGGUGUUCAUGAACCAGACAUACCACAGACGGCUCCAACCGAGCAGUGUCCGUUGGAGUCAUACUUUCCGCCUCCUGGUGUCCGUCGACGCAGCUUCGAGGAUCAACAUGCUGCGUCCCGGAAGGCGAUCCCGUCUCUGCCCCGACCGCAAACUUUCCGUAGACAGGAGUCGGAACGUCGAGAGAGAUUACUGGAAGUCGCGCCAACUGCCGUCGAGAAGCGAGCGUUGAGCGUCGAUCGGCGACAACGAGUGAUUGUCCUAUUUGUAAUCCAGCUGUCGGCAUUGCUGUUCUACUCAACCGUUGAAUGUACUAACAACUGGUCCACGCAGUCUCAGCGCAAGUGCUGCCCGAAGACCAAAGUCACCGCAGCCCAUUCCCGUACCGUCACUGUCUGCCCAGAAUGUCACUUCGCCGUCCGAUCAGCUUCCGUCGGGGGUCCUCCGUUACAGCUUUCGUUGCGAAUUCCUGAUAGCCUAGACCCAACAAUUGCAGACUUUAUUGAUGAACGCUCGUCCGACCACGAACUCGUGCAGGAGGAGUACGAGCGAUGCUGGAUCCUGAACCUCAGCAUGCAGUUCCGCGACAAGUCGAGUAGAGAAAAGUUCUUCGUCACGUACGCUGAAAAGCCGAACAGAUGGCGUAGGCUAACCGUGUCCUUGGAUUACCGGACCGCGCCAGAAGGCUCUCUGGAAGCUGAUCUAAGCAGCCUCCCUUAUCAAAGAGACAAGAGCUUCCGCAUUUUCGAAGCGAUUCGAGAGUCAUUGCCCGAGAUAGAGUACUACGACACCGUCACGAAUUUGAAGCUUGAGACGGCACGAGAAGACGGUCAACUGCACGUCCACGUCCGUGAAGACGCCAAUGAGAUCAUCCAAUUCCCAUCGCUAUCAUUGUUUCAGCAUAUCGACGCUCCCUUGUUCCGCGACAGUCACUUAGACUUCAUCGGACAUCUUUCCGGCUUCGUCUACAAGGUUCUGGCUAACGAUAAGGUCGUCAUCAAGAAGGACAUUCCUGGCCGAGACACGGUCGACGAAUUCUUGUACGAGGUAAACGCUCUGGACUCUCUAACCGGAUGCAAGAACGUUGUGCAACUCGAAGGCCUUGUGACGGACGACAGUGGCACUGUGGUUAAAGGUGUGUUGAUUGCAUAUGCCUCGAACGGUGCGCUUGUAGACAUGCUCUACGACUAUGCCCGCAGCCCCGAGUUGCCAUGGCACAGGCGCGAGAAAUGGGCGAAGCAGAUCGUCACUGGUCUUUCGAACAUCCAUGAGGCAGGCUAUGUGCAAGGCGAUUUCACAUUGUCAAACAUUGUCAUUGAUACCGACGAUAAUGCCGUCAUCAUCGACAUCAACAGGCGGGGCUGUCCGGUAGGCUGGGAGCCACCUGAGCUCGGUCGGCUCAUCGACAGCGGGCAGCGCAUAAGCAUGUGCAUAGGGGUCAAGACUGACCUCUUCCAGCUGGGUAUGGUACUCUGGGCGCUUGCGGAAGAAGUCGACGAACCGGAGCGUAUCGAGCGGCCUCUACCUGCUCUCCACGAAUCGACACCGGAGUACUACCAGAGGGUUGUUGACGCUUGUCUUGACGGGCGUCCGCAAGGUCGGACCAGCGCCAAAGACCUAUUGCGUUUCUUCCCACCUUCUGCCGGCAGGCCUCGGUCUGUGGACUUCAACCAGCACGUGCGCCGAUCGGAUGAUAGGAUGUCGCCUCAUUGCUCGGAGAAGAGAUAUAUUGACCCGGAGAUGGCGAUGACGCUUGACGAGGUCCGCGGCGGCAGGAUCGGCAGCACCGAAGCCGCUGCCGAUAUUGACGCUGGUGUCACAUACCUAGAACCUGGUUCCGGUCCAGCAUCUACAGGCUACCAGUUCGGAAGCUCUGGCUCAUGGGUUGUUGGCCGUAGAGGCCGCUCUCCUGUCUCCAGUAAGCGGAGAAAGAGCUCGCCGUUUGGGCGCACAGCAACAUCAAGCAGGACCUCGGUGUCGCCUGCAUCUCCAAUGCGGACUUCCAAAGACAAAGACAACAACAUGGAGCACGAGCUGCCCUACCCACCUGUACUGAGGGAGGAGGAUCUCCAUUCUUCAUUGGGGACCUUGCUUCAGUCCCGGACGCAACCACCAGCACCUUACCCAAGCGACAAACGCCUCACCAGCGUUCGGGAUGAUGAUGUGACGACGCUCAUCCACACAGACUCCGGCUUCGACGAGCAGAUGAUCGAAGAACUGCAAGUUGAGGAUCGUGCAGCGACGGGCAGUAGACACGCGGAGCAAGCUAAAGCAGAAGUACAGCGCGAUGGCAGCGCACCACGACAGCAAUGA